UUGGCCUCGCCGAGUCCAGCAUGGCUGCGUCCUUCAGGAGCGUGUUUGUGUUGUAGUCGGGAGGCAGAGAGGCAGUGAGGCAAAGAGGCAGAGACGACCGAGAGGAAAACCGGGCGGCAUGGAGAGGCGAGAGUUUAUAGCGUCGCUUGUGGGCGGAGGUUGUGCUGGCAUGUGUGUAGACCUCACCCUCUUCCCUCUGGAUACUAUUAAAACCCGCUUACAGAGCCAGCAGGGUUUCUAUAAGGCUGGGGGCUUUAGGGGCAUCUACGCUGGAGUCCCUUCUGCAGCUGUCGGCUCCUUUCCUAAUGCCGCGGCGUUCUUCGUCACUUACGAAGGCACCAAGUCUCUCCUCGCUGGCUGCAUGUCCACACACAUGGCUCCCGUCACGCACAUGCUCGCCGCCUCACUCGGAGAAAUCGUGGCAUGUCUGAUCAGAGUGCCUACAGAAGUGGUGAAGCAGAGAACACAGGCCUCCCCCUCUCUACACACACACCAUGUACUGCUGACCACACUACGAGAGGAGGGCGUGCGAGGGCUGUACAGGGGCUUUGGCAGUACCGUACUCCGAGAGAUCCCAUUCUCUCUGGUGCAGUUUCCUCUCUGGGAAUAUUUAAAGACUCUGUGGUGGAGGAGGCAGGGGGAGCGGCUGGACUCUUGGCAGGCUGCAGUGUGUGGAGCUGUUGCAGGUGCAGUAGCGGCGUUUGUCACGACUCCACUGGAUGUGGCAAAGACCAGAAUAAUGCUGGCUAAAGCCGGGACGGCCACAGCCAGUGGAAACAUCCCUCUGGUCCUGUAUGAGGUGUGGAAGUGUAAAGGUGUGUUUGGGCUGUUUGCUGGUAGCAUCCCCAGGAUGACCUUCAUCAGCGUGGGCGGCUUCAUCUUCCUCGGAGCUUAUGAGAAGGUGCGCCGCAUGCUGUUAUAGCUGGACGGAGGACUGCGUCAGGCUGCAGGGGACUGAUCAGCACUGAUUAGACUGAUGAUGCCCACAAAGCUGACCUGAGAUCUGCAGAACUGGACAAAUCUCCUAACACGGUGAAUGAAGGCGUGUGGCUGCAGGUCAUACCAGCUGAGCACCCUGAGCCCUCUGGGGGCUGUGGCUGACACACCUGGUGUGGGAGGAACCACCACCAGAUCACAUUACCCAGCGGUUUGCAUUCCUGGUUAUCCAAGCGCAACAUAUUAAGUUUAACUGCCUGAGUUCUGGGAAUUUCAUGAUGUGGCUCUUCUUUUAGAGAUGCCAUAUUGAUCCUGUGUGCUUGAUCAGGACAUUAAAAGUGUUUUACACUAAGA